AUGGAAAGAGCAAGCAGCAAGCAAUAUGAAGUUAUAAAUAUGCUUUGGCGGAAAACCAAAAUUUUCAUUGAAUCAGAUGACAAACUAAAUACAAAUAGCAUUUUAAAGUCGUCUACAAAUAAAGAAUUGUAUAAUAAAACCAGUCGUCGCAAAAAUAUUAACUCGUUUUCGAAAAAUCAAAGUAAUAAGUUACUUCUUACGACACAUACAACACUAAAUAUUAGGCCGUCAACUCCAAGCUAUAUAGAAUUUUAUUAUUUGGAUGAUUCAGUCGACAGGAAGAAUAACAAAGAAACGAUUAAAUCAAAAAGAAACCAAUCCGUUGAUUAUAAAAUUUCAUUUUUACGUCAACCUUUCUUUUUAUUUCGAAUAAAUGAUCCAACUUGCAGGCCAACUUCACCACAAAACUCCUUUCCUUCAUCGUUUAAACCUAGAAACUCUUCAACGAAAGCUAUUAAGCAUUCAGUUUAUAAAAUUGGUUUGGCCCAUAAAGCUCUGCCGAUUGUAACCGUACCGGAUAAAAGUAGUCCUAAUAUGCCAUUAAGCAACAUAGAAAUUAUACCCCCCAUUAUAUUAAAUAAGACACUAUGGAAAAUAGCUACAAAGCAGCACACAACACCAUAUGAUCGUAUAAAAUUUUUUGAAAUAUAUGACAGCGAGACUUUUACACCACCGUUAAUACUACAACAGAAUAAGCGAAUGAUAAACAAAGAUUAUGUUCAUGAAGAACAGAUUGAUUUGGAUAAAAGUAACAAUUGUUGCGAACUCAAUAACAGUCAAUAUAUUAGAACUGAUUCGAAUAUAAAAGUACGUAAAGUUUUUGAUUCAGAUGAUCGUAACAAGAAAAGUAGAAAGUACGGAAAAGGAAAUACAAAAAGAGCGAAGCAAACGGUUUUACCAAAAACUUCAUAUAUAAGUCAGCCAGCCUCCUGGUUCGAUUAUCCAUUCAUCGCUGUAUAUGUGUAUGAACCAGAGCAGGUGCGUUGCGAUUGCGCUUCUAUCAGCUCACACUGGCUAGUAGGCGCUGCAACCUGCUUAUAUCGUUACCAUAAGAAUUUUAGAGAAGACACUAGGUCAGCUUUUGUUGCCUACUGCAGUAACAACUGGAGGUCUCCUGGGAGGAUAGCUUACGUAUUACAAAGUGUUAUACAUCCACAAUUCCAUCCUAAAAAUUAUACUCGAAGACACCUUUAUAAUAUUGGGAUAAUACAAGUGGUAAAUUCAAUGCUGAAUACGUGUAAUGGAUGGAAACCGAUAUCUCUAAUGUCACAUCAAUUUGCGGCUGACCUAGGCGGUACCACAGUAACUGCAGUUGGGUGGGGACUAGAUAGAUACGACACAACGUAUGGUAUUACUGAGCUCUCCACACAUCCCCUUAUGUUGUACAAAGGACUAAUCUACUCAGAUUCAUGUCCUGGCAAUAUCGGCUACAGCAAAGCCAAGCAGCUUAAUGAAGCAAACGUCAAAAAUAUAUAUUGUCUAUCAUUACCGCCAUACGUUGCUGAGGAGGACGACCCAGUUCACGGUAGCUUGCUUUUAAUGGGUGGAAAACUAAUAGCGUUGUAUUCACAGGAGGAGCGUCGUCGCGGGGGCGAGCAGUCUGCGCAAUAUACGGGUAUUUGGCACCUAAUCCCAUGGUUAAACGACGUAGCUCGCGAAAAAGACGAACCAGACUCUUUUGAUCCAGAAAUA